UGUGAAGUGUUGCAGUUGGCAGGGGGAGUGUUUUUAACUGUAGCAAUGAAGUACAUGGAGGAGAGUUUCGAGGGCAUCUUUACAGUGAAGAACUUCUCAAAACAGACGGAUAAACUUUAAAUAAUUAAUGUCUAUAAUUAAGGAGUUGUAGCAAUGAAAGUCUAGCAACGCUGAAAGUUUUAGCGAUCAGGUUAAUCAGAUCAUCACACUUGCUAUAACGUGGACUUUUAUAGACUUACUACUUUGCUUUAAGACAGUGACAUUAAUAUGUGAAUUUUAAAUGUAUAAUGUGCCCAAUAUAACCUAAAACUAUGACUUAGCUUGUCAUUGUAAUUAUUACGCAAACAAGGGUAAAGUUGAACGUUCAGUGUAGUUUAUAAAAACAAUGGAGCAGAUUUGUCUUCGCCUGGUCAAACUCGACAUGUUGUCCAGCAUAAGGUCAUUAAACCGGUUUGAUUCAGUGGUCAGAUGGUGUGGACAGAGACAGUUUCACUGCCGUCCAUCACUCUUCGCCUCUGCUCGGACUGAUCUCAGGACAAACUCAUCUACCUCUCUGAAACCAGGAGGAUCUGUCACAUCUCUCUGUCUGAGAUCAAGAUCAAGACUCAGCGUCUGUAUAACAGCAUUCAGACCUUCAGUUCAUCCGUUCAUCACUCAGUCCACGCGUGAGUUUCACAGCUCGGGCAGACUGAGAGCUUUACCUGCACCCUUCAUAUGGAUGGUGCUGAAGCCUCUGCAGAAGCUCAUGGCCAUCAUACUGGGCAGGAGCAUUAGAAAAUGGUGGUUGGCUCUGCCGCCCAGUAAAAAGCAGCUGUUUCGUGAAUGGACAUGGCGUAGACGCUGGCACUUUGUUGGAGCUGGGGCAGGACUGCUGUUCUUCGUCUCCCUCUUUUUACUAACUCAUCUGGAUGAAUCUCCAGUUACAGGCAGGACCCGACUGCUGGUGUUCAGCAGGGAGAACUUCAUGAAACUGGCUCAGGUCACUGCGGAAACGUAUAUGGAGGAGUUUAAGGAUUCCCUGAUCGCUCCAUCGGAUCCCAGGCAUCAGGCGGUGGAGCUAGUGGUUCGGAUUCUGGCCGAGAGAAACCAGGACAUUGCUGAGAUUUCCUCUGUCCCCUGGACGGUUCAUGUGGUGGACGGCCCUACAAUCAAUGCGUUUGUUUUGCCUAAUGGAAAGGUCUUCAUCUUCACAGGAAUGCUGGAGGCUGUAGCAGACAUCCAUCAGCUGGUCUUUAUACUGGGACACGAGAUGGCUCACGCUCUGAUUGGUCAUGCUGCAGAGCAGGCCAGUUUGUCUCACGUGGUGGAGCUGUUGUCUCUCAUCCUGUUAACGGCGAUCUGGGCAAUCUGUCCCCGGGAUAGUUUAGCCGUGCUGGGCCAGUGGAUUCAGGGCAAACUAGUGCAGUUCUUAUUUGACCGGCCCUUCAGUCGUAAGCUGGAGGCAGAGGCGGACCAGGUUGGCCUGCAACUGGCUGCCAAGGCGUGUGCUGAUGUGAGGGCGGGCCCAGUCUUUUGGCAGCAGAUGGAGAUCUAUGAUCAGUUGAAAGGCGAACCCACCAUCCCCGAGUGGCUGUCCACACAUCCUUCCCACCAAAACCGUGUCAGACAGUUGGACCGCCUCGUCCCUGAGGCUUUGGAGCUCCGUGCACGCUGUGACUGUCCUGCCCUCCCCGAAGCUGACCCCCGUGUCAUUUUCCACCAGGCUGUUAAAUUGCUUCUGGACAACGCCAAAAAACAAGAAAAGAUAGCACAAGAGGAAAAGAAUGAGAAACCGAGAGCUGGAGUCAUGUUGCCGCUCCCUCAAUCCCCUCCUGUCCCGACUCCGGGGUCUCAGCCUCAGCUAGGAGGAGUGCUGGCCACAUCCGCUCUGCCACAAACUCUGCUUAGUAAAUGAGACUUGAUCAAACAUGACUGACAGGGACAAAUUCAAGCUUUCCUUUUCACUUCUCUUUUUCCAGUCCAGUAGCUCUGAACAAGGACUGAGAGGAUUGUCAGAUAGAACCAGACAGUUUUUUUUGAUCCAUUUGAUUAGCUGUCACUUUGAUACCUACGUCAGUUAGUCUGGGAGAUGAUUUGAGUGGGAGUAUGUACAUCAUUUUUGUGUGAUGCUUGAGUUUAUGCUCCUCCUUCAAGCAUCCGCAGCAGUGCAGUGAUGUUAAUAAUGGAGCAAUUGUAAAUGGGCUUUUGAUUGGUUUUAAUGAUGUUAUUAGCAUAAGAACCCUGUGAAGUUGAAUGCAUUAUGGUGUACAGUACAUUAUUCAUCAAACAUCUGCCUCUGCUUUAAUGUCCCCUAUAGGUUCCAGGCUGUAAUGUAACUCUAAUGUCACUGUUUGAAGCUGUGCGGAGCUUUGGACAUACUAAAUUAUUUAGAGGAUUUAUCAAUGGGCAGCUGACGCUAAAUGUGCCCAACGCUUGUUUUCUUGACAAGUGUUAAGUUUAUUUUAAAUGUACUCUGUAUGAGUACUAUGAAUGUAAAGAAUAUGUGACUGUAAUUACAUACAAGAUAAAUGAAUUUACCAGUCUUGGGUCUCCAGCUUUUAGACUUAUGUAUGAGCUGACUUUUUUUUGUAUCUUUCAAAUCAGUUAGCUAUUAAUUGGUCAAUGUGGCAAAUUUGCAGCUCAAGAACACGAGGGAAACUACUUUUUGCAUGAGGAAUUAUUUCAUCCUUUUACAAAAUUCCCAAUCAUGCAGAAACCUGUUGAAAUUACUUGAUGUUACAGCACUUUACAGUGUGUUUCAAAGGGACUGAUACUUGGUUUAAAUAUACAUUUUUAUAUAAUUGCUGGACAAUAAGUUACAUACCCAUUGUAUUUUCAUAAAGGAGAGAUCUCCAACCCCGGAGAGCUCCUGUUCUGCAGACUUCAUUUCCAACUCUGCUCCAACACACCUGUCUGUUAUUAACAAGUAACCCUGAACACCCUGAUUGGGUUUGGAGCUGAAAUCUGUUGGACUAUAGUUCUCCAGGAGCAGGGCUGGAGACCCCUGCCAUUAUGUGACUUAUUUAAUGUGCAAAUUGAGUAUUUAACAAGAAUAAAGGAAUUCAGGAACUGAUUGGACCAAAUCUGAAUGAGUUUGCAGUGGAUUAUGGAAGGCUACACCGUGCCUGAAACACCACUGGAAUCUACUUUUUGAGGUUUUUUGACCUGGAACCUGAAGGUUAGUUCACCAUGAGGAGCAUCACAACGUAUCUCGAUUGCAAUGCUUCAUUUUCAGUUUUAUACUAUAUGCUGCUUUUGCUGUAUCUUUGUUAAACAAACAUAAUCAACAUGAAAAUAGUGUAUUUACUACUGGC